UCACGACUCACGAAGUCGUCAGUCGAGUUCAGUGACUUCAGUCACGUCGUAGACUCGCAGUUCAGUCGAAGUCGCCAUCCAUCGCAGUUCUUUAUUUCUACGGUUCUGGUUCUACACGUGUCGUGGCUGGUCGACUCUACUGGAGUGCUCGUACGACAACUAAUAUUUAUUGGAAGAUGAAUGAAAUUCCACAAGCUGAGUCUGCAACAAUCAGCAGUGGAGUUCCAAUGUUCAACGACUGCCGAGUUUGUGACCUUAUGUCUUUUUUUAGGCAGAAGAUCAUUAGGGAUGAAUCACGAUUGGAAGGAUUUAUGCUGGAGUCUUUGCCAGAGUUACAAUUUGUUGUUUCUGUUGGAAAAUUUGGAAAGCUGUUGCCAUUAAAGGAAAAUGCUACAACUCUGACAUUCCACCUCCUUGAAAGUUUUUUCUGUUAUUAUCAUGAUAAUUCAUUUUCAAUAGGGAAUUGCCAUGGUUCUAAGUUCCAAUAUUGUUUGGCUAAUUUGGCAGUCAAAAGAAAAGUUCUCGAAGUGUUUCCUAAUAACGGGGACGCGAAAUUUGCUAUGGAUGUCCAAUCCUGGUUCACAAAUAAAACAAAUUCAUUAGCAGUCAGUAGAUCCGGUGCCCAUAGAGCACCCACAUGUACAAUCUGCUUUGAACGAUCGAGAGAUAAGAAAAUUGUAAGGGCUGACAGUGAAGAAUUGGGCAGAAUAUUGGAGAGGUGCUAUCCGGAAAACCCCCGUGAAGUAAGGGAGAUGGUAGAUGUCUUUCUUACCAAUUUCAUUUUGCUAGAAAAAAAAACCGGCACGUUAACUUUGACAAAGAAUUGCUUCGGAGAAAACUUUAGAACCUGCGAAGUUAUGUUAAAGAUUUUGGAAAAAGGUUACUCACUAUUUAGUUCUGAUGUAUGCCAAGCUUUGAACUUUGCUCAAGAUUGGUUCAAAAAUCAGCUCACUUCAUUCGAAGAAAUUAAAUCGAUUGCAACUGGUCCACCCAAACUGGACACAUCCAACGCAAUUCACAUCAAUUUGCCAGAAAAAUGCAAAAAGGAGGAAGUGACUAUGAUUGGUUCAUAUCUCGACUACAUAUUUGAAAAACAUUAUGUUGGUUUUGUACAAUCAUGUGGCAUGUCCAAGAAGAUUCCAAGGUGUCUUGAUGAUGAGAUCUAUCGUAAUGUAUUGGAGGAAUUUCCCAAACUCAAAAGGAAUAUCUAUGAAGAUUAUGUAAAAGAAUGGUUUCAAUCCAAAGAGUAGCCUAGUCUUUCUUUUCACACAUGCUUGGAUAUUGUUGUCAAGCCUGCCAGUAUUAAUUGUUUACUUAUACCAUUAAAGUUGUUCUUUGAACAAUGAAAAGUAGCAUAUUAAGAACUACGAAGUAAGAAUUGAUGUGAGUAGGCCUAUAAUUUUCUAUUUAAAUAAGUUAAUGUUCUGUGCUACUGGAUUAUUGAAGAGAAGUUGUUUAUUGAUCAGAUCAAAUAAAAUUAAUCACC